AUGUCGCCUCCAACUUCGGCAGCACGACGACUGGAGCAGGUGCAAGGCCAAAUAGGUCGCGCGUCAACAACAGACGACCGGACCACGCCGUUCCCAGAACUCCCAUUUGGUGCCCGGUAUCUCCACCUCAACAAUGCCACCAAACGAAAUGCAUUAUCCGUCGCGGUCCUCCAAGAUCUGCGCGACCAGCUCUACGCGUACAAUACCUCACCUGUAGACGGGCAGGCCCGCUUCCUCCCCCCGUUCGAGCCAGGCCUCCUCGCGGAACUGGAAAAGGCAUUCUACCAUCCAGAUUCCGAAGCAGGCAGGACAUACGGCUGGCUAGUCCAUGCGAAGCAGUGGAACCAGCACAGAUCCAACCUCCCACGAGUGAUCGUGCUGCGCAGCGCUGGCCCCGUGUUCUGCUCCGGCCACGACCUGACCGAAAUCCGCGCGAUGAGUCACGCGCAAGCCAAACAUCUAUUCGACUUGUGCGCCGAAGUCAUGUCCCUGAUCCGCCGGUGUCCCGUCCCCGUGAUCGGGGCGAUGCAGGGCCUAGCCACUGCCGCGGGCGCCCAACUCGCCCUGACGACCGACUUGCCCGUCGCCCACGCGUCGACGCCGUUCCGCCUGCCCGGCUCGGGCAUGGGCUUCCCCUGCAUCUCCCCUGUCACGGCCGUGUCACGCAAAGUCGGCAAUGCGUUUGGGUACGAGAUGUUUGCGCUGGCACAACCUCAUCGCGCAGACGAGCUACCUGGCAGGCCGCUGCGGGUGCUGGACGACAACGCCCCGCUUGACCUGGCCGUCGGCGAGAUGGUCGCUUAUUAUACGCAAAGGACGGCAGCCCAGCCGCAGGCUCUGGGGAAGUGGGCUUACUGGACGCAAGUGGGGAUGCACGCGAAAACGUCGACUUCGACGGCGGAUGGAUAUGAGGAGGCAGCGGCAUGGGCAGGGUCGGCUAUGGCGCUGUUGGCGCAAACGAGUGAUGCCAAGGAGGGGAUUGGGGCGUUUUUGGACAAGAGGAAACCGUCUUGGUAUACGUGA